AUGCUUAUACAAACAGAGUUAGGUAUUAAAACUGAAAAUCAAAGUGGAAAAACAUUACCUAAAAAUGUUAACUCAAUAACAAAACCUUCUCGAAUCUCAUCCUUCUAUUCAAACACAAAAAUUAAAAUAAGAAAUUACAUUGCAAGCAAAAACGUUAAUAUAUCUCGAUUUUAUGGAGAGUUUAAUAAUGAUAAGAUAUUUCCAUUGAAAUAUUUUGAAAAAUUUUUCAAAACAGGAAGAAAUUUUAAUAUGAAAUUGAAAAUUAUGGUCACCUCAUUAAUAUUAGCCACAAUAAUCUGUUCUAUUGUAAAUUAUUCCUUUGAAGGGUUAAAGAAAAAUUCUAGAGGGCAAAAAAUUCGAUUUAAAACGGAAUUAAGUGGCGUAGAUCUCAUUUCACUAGCAAAUAAGAGAGAUGUAAGUGCCUUCCCAAUCUCAGAAUCAAUUUUGAAUGAUGAAAAUUAUGAAUCUUAUCAAGUUAAAGGCUAUAUCACUAAUCUAAAACUAGAAGGAUUAAUUUCUAAAAAGAAUUCUGAAGCACCACAGAAGCAAGAUACAAAGGGAAAAUUGGUUACAGUAAAAGAUUUGGAAUUAUUAUCAAGUAAAGAUUACAAAGAUUUAGUCGAGUGUGAUGAUCUUGAAUAUGAAGCAAAAAUAUUUUAUUCAAAAGAACAAAAAAUGAUAAAAGAUGACUUAAUUGGUGUAAGGAAAUAUUUAUUAUCAAAAGAUUUUGAUGUGGAGGAUAGAUUUAUUGCAGAACAUGUACAACAAGAAAACGAAAAAGAUAAGAGUGAUUAUGAAAUUGUAAAAAAAAGUUGGUUUAGAUUUGGAUCUUCAAGUGUAUGGAUGGAAAGUGAACAAUGCUAUAUAACUGUGACAAGAUUAAUGUAUUCGUCCCAUGGUUCUAAAGCUGGCCCUGAUAUCUCACUUAUAAGAGCUCAGGCUUUUGAUAGAAAUUGGGAAGAAAUUAAAGAUAAAAGAAUUCCAAAACACGAUAUCCAAAUUCCACAAAACAUUGACUUAGAAAUUGAGAAACUUGAAAGUGAUUACAGUUUAACAAAGGAUACAUGCAAAAUAUUUAUAUAUGACCCAACUAAAUAUGACACUUGUAUUGCUGAAAAAAAUAAGAUUUAUUUUGAAAAUAAAAGACGAAUGCAAAACAUUAUCGAUCAAUAUUUUGUAACAUACCCAACAGUAUAUAAAUUUCCAAUGUUAGAGAAAACACAAUUUGCUGGUUCAGAAGAUCCAAGAAUUGUUUUAAGAAAAUUUCACAAUCAAGAAGAACCAGUUGUAGUAUUUAAUAUGGAUACAAAACAAAAUAGGAAGAUGCAUGCUUUGUUUCCACAUCGAAAAUUAAAUCCUCUUUUAGAAUUAAACUUCGAAGGCAUGAACCACAUGGAAAAAAAUUGGGCACCAUUUUUCACUGAUUCUGAUAUAAAUACCUCAAUGUUUUCUCGAGGGUCAAUUCAUUUUAUGUAUCACUAUACUCCGUUAGAGAUUGUUAAAUGCUCAUUAGAUGAUGGUAUUUGUGAGAAAAUAUUUACAAAACAGACUUUAGGUUUGACAAAAAAAAAUCACUUUGGUGGUAUUCGUGGUGGUACACAAUUUGUACAAUUACCUUCAAUAAUACCUAGAAUUCAUGGCAAACAAAUCUUUGUGGGGUUUUCAAAAUUGCAUAUUGAUGAUUGUGGUUGUGGUAGUAAAUUUUACAGGCCAAUGCUAGAUGUUAUUAUAGAAGAAGAUGGCAUAUACCAUCAAGAGUUGAUAGUACCCUCACUAGAUUUUAAUAUUGAAGUUUUAGAUUGGUCGACAAAGUCACAUACUUGCAAUUUCUACAAUAUUCUUUCACCAAACUCUAUUGCAUUCUGGGAUGUAAUAAAACAGGAUCCCAAGACCAAGAAAUUCGAGGAUCUAUUAGUUUUUACCUUUAGCGAGGCUGAUGAAGUGUCAAAAGUGAUCAAUAUUAAGGGUUUAUUAGAGUAUAUUUUAAAUUUAUAUUCUACAAAGCAAAUUGAGGAAAAUUUUAUUCCCUCAUUUAAUAGUGAUACAAUUUUGGGUGAAACAUUACAAUGCGUUAAAUCUAAUGCAGAGCAAAUAUGUAAAAAUUAUGGAUUGAUACAUAAAGCAGAAGUAACGUUUGAAAAAUAG